AUAAGAUUCUUAAAUCACAAUUUUUUAUUUCUUGUGUUUUGUUAUUUCUUCUUCAAAUCUCCAGGUUGCGUUUCGUCGUCGGGCAAUCAGGUGAUACUGUAUCCUAUGGAAAGGAGGGAGGGGCGAUACGAUUGAUAUGUCCUUUAUCACCACCAGACGAAAAUGGACGAACGGGCUGGAGAGGACCACCGUCAAUGACUGCCUACUUUUUUAAUGAGCAGAAAAACCCUAAAUUAUCUAGAGGGGAACGCCUAACAGUGGUGAGAAAUACAGAUACAGAGGGAUACGACCUUCAGCUAGCUGGACUCACCAGAGAGGAUGACGUCGGGCAAUACUCUUGUGAUGUGAACUCGAUUCCAGCGAAACAACACAUGAUAAAUCUGAAAUUAUAUUUGCGUCCAUCCAGCAUAGACAUUGAUUCCUACAAUGUAAAUGGUACCUUAACAGUCAAUGGUACAGAAGGUUCAUCUUUGAAUCUGUCAUGUCAGUCACCGGGUGGUGAUCCUCCAGCCAAUGUGUCUUGGUAUAAAGGAUCUGCAUUAUUAUCUACUGGUAUUAAUAAGACAUUUUACAGCUUUAUUCCUACAAGAGACAAUGAUCUACAAAACUACACAUGCACUGCAUACAAUCCGGCUUUAUCCCAACCAAUGAGAAGAAAUGUUCAAAUAUUCCUUAACUUGAGACCGAGAAUUCCGGAGAUUUCUAAGAUUCCAUUGACAAGGGAGGGCAAUCAGAUAAUGGUCAAGUGUUCAUCCUCCGGGGGUCGUCCUUCUGCAUAUCUCUGGUGGAUAUUCCGUGGAACAUACUUUAAAUCAACAUACAUUGACUCUACCAUCAACUCUUCUUCUCAGACGUAUACUGUGAAUUCAAUGUUAAAUAUUACAGUCAACAAAGAGGACAACGAAAAGAACAUAAUAUGUAUGGCAAAUAACUCUGUUGUGCCUACUGGUCUUCAGUCAUCUCAGAGACUAACGGUGUUAUAUAUGCCUAGAAUUCGGGUUUUUAGACUUCAUGGCGCACCAGCAGUCAACGAAUCUGCACCCUUUUCAGUGUUUUGCUCAGUCGAUAGCCCUAGUUUCACAAAUAUGUCUUUUCGGAAUCAGAAAACCAAUGAGAUUGUCAACAUGAGUUCCUUGACGAACAUCCUGAGGUUCACAGAAAAAUCAGCUAGAUGUUUUCAUACAGCGCCGUACAUUUGUACAGCCGAAAAUUCUAUAGGCUUUACUUCAUCGAAUCCGAUAAAUAUAUCUGUUAACUGUGGGCCAAGAUCCCUGGAUGGCUUAUACUUUCUACGAGUUGCUCUUCCUACAAGUAACAAGCUAGAAAUAUCGGCGAGUUUUCAAUCAUACCCUACUCCAUCUUUUCAAUGGAGCUUCCGACAAACAAGUACCUCGCCGGAAGUUCCUUUGUCCAGAGAUUUUGAAACGACCAGGACCAGUUUAAAUAUUUCUUCAUUUACUUUGCAUUUGAAAAAGACAAACGUAGAAGAAGAAGAAUUUGGUUAUUAUACUGUGAGGGUAGCCAAUGAUUAUGGAUCGUUUAUGACAACUUUCUAUAUAACUCCUGAAGAAGACCCCGAAUCUCAGCAGAGCUCAUGCAAAUCUUCAACAGAGUUAUCCGCCCUUUUUCCUGCAUUGACAACAAUCUCUACUGUUUUCUUCGUCGUCUGUGUCGGACUUGUAAUUUUUAUCAUCCUGAAGAGGAAAUAUGAUAGAAAAGAUAUAUGCUGUUUCAGAAGAUCCAUAAAAGAAGAUUACGUCAAGCAAGAUAUCACAAAGAUAGAAGAUCAUCAAUACCAGGACAUCGAUGCAGUUAAAAAAAAAGGUAAAUUUCAUUUCAAUUAAUAUAGAAUUCAAUCUACAAAUGGAUUUAAGAAAUAAACAUUUUUUAUGAAAAUAUCAAAUUUGAUGAAAGUUUAGCAACUCCAGUAAUGUGUAUCCCGUCAAUAAUGGCAAAAAAUAUCCAUAAAGAAUUCAAAAGUCGUUUAGAUAAUUUUUAAAUA